GGAGGGUCCCCAUUCAGCAUUCAGGCCCAGAGGAGGACACAUCACUGUGGGAAGAGGCAGAUUUGGAAGUGUGGCUGUGGCAUUGGGAUGCUUGGAUAUACCCAAGGGAUGGAGCAGCUCUACAGCACCUACUUCUCCUCCAGUGACCACCUCAUGAGCUCCAGGUCUGCCCUGGACUCCCUCGUGGGAACGGGUUUCCCUCCUGUACAACAGAAUCCAGUACAGCAAGUUAAUGUAAAAGCAGACAUGAAGGCUGGGGAACAGCACAAGGAAGCCGCCAAUCAGCAGAAAGUUUCCCCCACACUGAUGUCCAAUCGCAGGAGGAGAACUGUCUACAGUCCCUCAGAUCUGGCCAGACUGGAGCAGAACUUCCAAACUAAUAUGUACCCAGACAUCCACCAGCGGGAGGAAAUGGCCAGGCAAAUGGGCUUGCCCGAGUCUCGAGUUCAGGUUUGGUUCCAGAACAGGAGAUCAAAAGCCAGACGCCAAGGAUCCAGAUCCACCAAGCCGGCUGGUGUGGGAGAUUACUAUAACAGCACCCCAAUGUACAACCCAGCACCCACAGCCAAUUGCACAAGCCCUGUAGCACAGCAGCGUAUGUUGUCCUACCAGCAGCCAUUGGCCACUCUACACUAUGGCUUCCACCCAAAUGUCACCAUGCAAGGAACCAAUCAGAGCAAGUAUUCAUCAGCAUCAGCUCCACAUUCAGGGAAUGUGUCUCAGCUGCACCGGAUGGGUUUUCAACAGCCAGUCCAACCCAUUCAGCAGAAUUAUUUCCACUUGUCCCAGGACCUCCUGUCUUGCCCUGAAUCCUCAUGGGCAGCCACCAACCAAAGGCUCCCAGUACAUCCGACAGCAUCUAGUACCUACCCGCACAGUUACCAACCUAGUAAGCCCCUUACAGGCCACUAUACCCAGGGUAUGAGCCCUGGCAAGGAGACUGAGAGAGACCUCGGUGGAAGACAUAACCAAGUUUCCAUGCAUUCUAACAUCAUGAUGGAUUUUAGCAACUUCCAACCCAAGAAGACCGUCACCCCCGAUAUGAACACCAUCAUCCCACAGAUCCCAGAUGCUACAGGCUGGAGCAACCAGGAGGGUACCGAUGCCUACUCUACACAGGAGGCACUGCCCAGGGCACAAUGUAGCCCCUAUGGACAUGGAUAUCCUGCCUCAGACUCAGGAGUGAGUGACACAUCUACAGAGUCAAUCUCAGAGUGGGAAGAGAAUAUUAUAAGAACUCUAUUCUGCGCCUGAACAAUAGAAAGUGAAGGGGGUGUGGGGAACUAUUUUAGGGCCAUAGCUUGUAAUAUGACUCACCCCUUACACACAUUAAGGCACUUGGACACUUGGCUCUUUACACAAUGUGUUAUUGUAACCUAUUGUUAGAUUGGGCACCUCUUUGGCAAGCACUGUGAUGUUUGAUGUGAAGAUUUUAGCUACCAGAUAUUUCUUUAUAUUAUGAUGAAACUUAUAAAGUAAAAUUUGCUUUAUCAGA